AAUUUGAUCACAUGGCUGUGACAUCACGCCCUUCUUAGAAUCUAGCGUCUAGCAAGGAGAAAAGAACAUGAAAGCAAUCCAGGCAUUAAGAUUCACAGUGAUUCGGCAGGCCUGCUCAACAUCACAACCUAAGUCCGUUAUUGCUGCCAAACACCCAUUUAAGGUGGAGUUGAAAGCAGGGAAGAUGUAUCCAUGGUGUAGCUGUGGACAUAGCAAGAAGCAACCUUUUUGUGAUGGCUCCCACCGACAAGCUGCUCCUGGCCUGUCACCGCUGCGUUUCACACCAACUGAGGACCAAGAGGUGUGGCUUUGUGGCUGCAAACAGACAAAAAAUCCUCCCUACUGUGAUGGUACCCACAAAGAAACCCACAUUCAGAAUUCUGCAUAAUGACGAGGAGUAUGUGCAGUUGAAGCCAGGACCAAAUCAGCUUCAACUGUGUAUGCUUCUGUUUGGUGACCACCUCUACGUACUGGAUGUCAAGAACCCAGCCAUGGAGGCUUUCAACCUUCCUGUACUACUCUGCCCUUUAUGAUCAAGUAUGGGAAAGUGGGAUCAUGUUAGUAGUAUGGACAACAAAACCUUCAGAAUCAUCCACCAUUUAUUCCAAUAGCAAUUGAAUGGACUGUCGCUUAAAUAUUGUGUAAUUGCCUGUCCUGUUUGUAUACCCACAAUUACAUGUGAUUGCCUUUGAUAGGCACAAGGGGGGCAAUCCUUAGAUUUAUUUUCAGAUGGCUUUAGAGGUUUUUUGAAAGCAAAAGUAAACUCAUUUGCACGAAUUUCAUUUAUCAAUUUAAUUUUCAUUUAUCAAAAGAUCCGAAUUGAAAAAGCACAAACGAAAAAAGAAACCGGAAAAAUGCAACUUUUCGUAUUAUUUCACAAAUGACAGCAUCAACCAUACCUGAAAACCUUUAAAAUAACGAAGCAAAGAGAAGCUCUUCCAGUGGUAAAAGGGACACCAGCCAUUAUAGACGGCAUAUUUUUGCUUUCCGAAUUCCAGUUUUGUCGCACAAUAAAUGACAAAAAAAAAAUUUUCCGCUGCAAAAUUAUAUGCAAAAAACCCCCAAAACCAUGAAUUGUGGAUAAAAAAAUUGAACGUUAGUAAAUGCUCCCAGUGUGCCAUGUCUCUCUUACUGGUCUGUUCUAUUAACAAUAAAAUCUAAUUUAGUUUUUCAACUGAAGACAUGUUCUUUAAAAUAUCCAUGAAAAUAUUUUUAUGAUUUAUGUUUUCAUAAUUUAUUAGAUCAAAAUUGUAAAUGUAUUUUGUAAUGGAAUAAAGAUUACCUUGAGUGGUUA